AUGCAGGGCUCUACUAUUCUUCUCGCCUUCGCGUCAUGGGCGAGCCAGGUUGUUGCGACUGCGCAGCCCAUGCAAGAGCAUGAGCCCGGGUUUCUCCACGGGACGCAAGCCAAGGAAUCUUUCUCAGAACCUUUCUACCCUUCACCAUGGAUGAAUCCUCACGCUGAAGGCUGGGAAACUGCGUACCAGAAAGCCCAUGCCUUUGUCUCGCAGCUCACUUUAUUGGAGAAAAUCAACCUGACUACGGGUGUUGGCUGGGAAAAUGGACCAUGUGUAGGAAAUACUGGAUCAAUUCCUCGUCUUGGAUUCAAGGGCUUUUGCGCCCAGGAUUCUCCACAAGGUGUCCGGUUCGCAGACUAUGUCUCCGCUUUCACAUCUAGCCAAAUGGCUGCCGCAACAUUCGACAAGUCGAUCCUUUACCAAAGAGGCCGUGCCAUGGCACAGGAGCACAAAGGAAAAGGAGUCACGAUUCAAUUGGGCCCUGUUGCUGGUCCCCUCGGCCGUACUCCUGAGGGUGGCCGGAACUGGGAGGGAUUCUCCCCAGAUCCCGUCUUGACUGGUAUCGCCAUGGCUGAGACAAUUAAAGGCAUACAGGAUACUGGAGUUAUUGCUUGUGCCAAACACUACAUUGGUAACGAGCAAGAGCACUUCCGUCAAGUGGGUGAAGCUGCAGGUCAUGGAUAUACCAUUUCUGACACUAUUUCCUCCAAUAUUGACGAUCGUGCCAUGCAUGAGCUAUACCUGUGGCCAUUUGCUGAUGCUGUUCGCGCUGGUGUGGGCUCUUUCAUGUGUUCUUACUCUCAGAUCAACAAUUCCUACGGAUGCCAGAACAGUCAGACUCUCAACAAGAUUCUCAAGAGUGAAUUGGGCUUCCAGGGCUUUGUCAUGAGUGAUUGGGGAGCCCACCACUCUGGUGUUUCAUCUGCUCUAGCUGGACUCGAUAUGAGUAUGCCGGGUGAUACUGAAUUUGACUCCGGCUUGAGCUUCUGGGGCUCCAACCUCACUAUUGCAACGCUGAACGGCACCGUUCCCGAAUGGCGCUUGGAUGAUAUGGUGAUGCGUAUCAUGGCUGCAUAUUUCAAGGUUGGCCUUACAAUUGAGGAUCAACCAGACGUCAAUUUUAAUGCCUGGACCCAUAACACGUACGGUUUCAAGUACGCUUAUAGCAAGGAGGAUUACGAGCAGGUGAACUGGCAUAUUGAUGUCCGGGGAGACCAUAAGAAGCUCAUUCGCGAGACUGCUGCUAAGGGUACUGUCCUUCUCAAGAAUAACUUUGGCGUUCUGCCACUGAAGCAGCCUAAGUUUGUUGCUGUUGUCGGCGAGGAUGCCGGACCAAACCCCAAGGGUCCAAACGGCUGUGCGGAUCGUGGAUGCGAUCGAGGCACUCUCGCCAUGGGAUGGGGAUCUGGGUCUACCGAAUUCCCUUACCUAGUCACUCCGGACUCCGCUAUCCAGUCCAAGGUUCUUGAAUAUGAUGGCCGUUACGAAAGCAUCUUUGAUAACUACGACGGUAAUGCUAUCUCCUCGCUUGUCUCGCAGCCAGAUGCAACCUGUAUCGUAUUUGGGAAUGCCGAUUCCGGUGAAGGGUACAUCACUGUCGACAACAAUUGGGGCGACCGCAACAACCUGACACUCUGGCAGAAUGCGGACGAAGUCAUUCGCACUGUCAGCUCGCUUUGUAACAACACCAUCGUUGUUCUACACUCUGUCGGUCCCGUGUUGUUGAAUGAUUUCUAUGAGCACCCAAAUAUCACAGCUAUUGUCUGGGCAGGCAUGCCAGGUGAAGAAUCUGGAAACGCCCUCGUCGACAUACUCUGGGGUGAAGUCAAUCCCGCCGGUCGUUCUCCAUUCACCUGGGCUAAGGCCCGAAAGGAUUAUGGCACCGACAUCCUGUACGAGCCCAAUAACGGCCAGCGAGCACCUCAGCAGGAUUUCACUGAGGGCAUUUACCUUGACUACCGCCAUUUCGACAAAGCUGGCAUCCAGCCAAUUUACGAAUUUGGAUAUGGCCUUUCCUACACCACCUUUAAAUACUCCGAUCUCCGCGUCGUGAAGAAGCACGUUCAGCCAUACAGCCCGACGACUGGCACCACGGCUCAAGCACCUUCGAUCGGACAACCGCCUAGCCACAACCUGAAAGACUACAAGUUCCCUGCCGCAUUCAAGUACAUCAGGUCCUUUAUCUACCUAUACCUCAACAGCACAGUCUCACUGCGUGUCGCAUCUAAAGAUCCUGAAUACGGCCGUACAGACUUCAUCCCACCACACGCACGCGACGGCUCCCCCCAGUCACUCAACCCAGCUGGAGAUCAGGUGUCGAGUGGUGGCAACCACAUGCUUUACGACGAGCUAUACGAGGUCACCGCACAGAUCACGAACGCCGGCAAGGUAGCCGGUGACGAAGUCGUCCAGCUCUAUGUGGAUCUCGGCGGUGAUAACCCACCUCGCCAGCUAAGGAACUUUGACCGAAUUUACCUGCUGCCUGGGCAAAGCUCGACUUUCCGAGCUACAUUGACGCGUCGUGAUUUGAGUAACUGGGAUGUAAAGGAGCAGAAUUGGCGUGUUACGGACACGCAUAAGAGGGUGUAUGUUGGACGGUCGAGUCGGGAUCUGCCGCUGAGUUCACGUUUGGAGUAA